ACAAGCUGCUACUUAGGAAGUAGUAGAUCAGCUCUAAUCGUCUGAAUUGAUGCGAAUAGGCCGCAGUACCCUAGUUAGUCAUGUCACCACUGCCAGUAGCACCUCUUCGAGGUCUUCGCGUGUCUUCUCAUUUCAUUCCUAGCUUCAAUCUCAUUCCAAACACCUCCCUGCAACAUUACCCUCUCAUCAUAUAUCAUGAAUCCUUCCCACCAUCGACAUCAGCUGCUGUCAUCGAGGCCCACCUAAGGUCCGUCGGCGUUGUCGAGCCCCAGUGGAGGUACACUAUGUACAGCACGACGCACUUUCAUAGCACUACUCAUGAAGUACUGUGCAUCGCGUCUGGUCGUGCGAGGUUAUGCUUUGGUGGAGAGGAUAAUCCUGGAAGGGUGGAAGCGGAAUUCAACAAAGGGGAUGUUAUUAUCAUUCCUGCAGGCGUUGGGCACAGACUCUUACAAGACCUGGACGGUGGAUUCGAAAUGGUCGGAAGUUAUCCCAAGGGAAAGGACUGGGAUAUGUGUUAUGGAAGGGAGGAUGAGAAAGCGAAUAUUGAAGCUAUCAAAGACUUGGGAUGGUUUGACAAAGACCCUGUGUACGGUGACGAAGGACCUGCAAUGCAAGUAGUAUAUGCUGGCGUGUAACACUCAGCUGGAAGUCGUGCGGCGUUAUUUCACCAAGCGAAAGAACAAUCCAUGGAUCAGCGAGCCAAUCCCGAAAACCAAGGGUAAGU